CGGUCCGAUGCGGUUCCUCUCCUUCCGAUCUCUCAUUGCUAUCUCUCUCCGCUUUUUGUUCUAUUUUCAACUGUCCGCGCCGAACAUCGCAAUCCCCCGGUACAUGUAACUCGGACAUCGAGUAGGAGGACGAUCAAAAUGCAAAAGGGAUAACGGUCUCGUUAACGCGAAAGAAGAGAAGUGAGAGAAAGGAUUUCUCGCUUCGCGUCGCGGAACAAGAGCGGCCAUGAUGUCCUCCUGGUCGUAUACAACUAGCGCCAGCCUAACUUCUUCGUUCGCCAUGUUGACGGUGACGUCACAGAUCCCGUUGACCCUAACAACGAUGAAUUCUACCGGGGCGAACGACGAUUUAACGAAGGUCGGCGAGGUGGAAGAGGAAUACACGCCGUACAGCGAUCGUCCCGAGACGUACAUCGUGCCGAUCGUUUUCCUUCUGAUCCUGCUGAUCGGCCUCACCGGAAAUGGCGUGCUGGCCCUCACGAUCCUCCGGCACACGAAUAUGAGAAACGUGCCCAACACGUACGUCCUGUCACUGGCGUUCGGCGAUUUACUGGUCAUAGUAACAUGCGUCCCGUUCACGUUUACCGUCUACAUCUUGGAUUCCUGGCCUUUCGGACUAUUACUAUGCAAACUUUCCGAAUGCGCGAAGGACAUCUCUAUCGGGGUAUCCGUUUUCACGCUGACUGCUCUCUCAGCGGACAGAUUCUUCGCCAUCGUGGAUCCUAUGCGAAAAUUGCAUGUCACAGGUAGCGGAAGACGCGCGACGCGUUUCACGGUGGUGGUUGCGGUGCUGAUUUGGGUUUUGGCUAUAGUGUGCGCGAUCCCGGCCUCCUUCUCGUACAUCAGAGUCUUCAAGGUCAACCGGAAUAUGAGCUUCUGCGCGUGCUAUCCGUUUCCGGAGGAGUACGGGCCGAAUUAUCCAAAAGUCCUACUGAUAUGCCGCUUUUUCAUCUACUACGUCAUACCUCUCAGCAUCAUCGCUGUUUACCUGCUGAUGGCCAGGCACUUAAUGCGUAGCACGAGAAAUAUCAUCGGCGAGAUGCAGGGUCAGGUAAGGCAAGUACAGGCCCGUAAAAAGGUAGCGAAGAUGGUGAUGGCCUUCGUCAUUGUGUUCGCCGUGUGUUUCUUCCCGCAACACGUCUUCAUGCUGUGGUUCUACAUACAUCCGACCGCGGAAAAGGAUUACAACACCUUCUGGCAUUACUUUCGUAUUUUGGGCUUCUGCCUCGCUUUCACCAACAGCUGCAUCAACCCCAUCGCUCUCUACUGCGUAAGCGGUACUUUCAGAAAAUACUUUGACAGAUAUCUAUUGUGUUGCGGCUCGAGGAGAAUACGAAGACGGGAUCGCCGUUCGUCCGACUUGAGUUCUCGCGGACGGGGUCAAAGUUUCUCGCUUGUCAGUUCGAGAAAGUAUCUGGGCGACUCUCGUCGGGAGCAACGAGGCGUCAUGCGUCUCUCCAUCAUGACGGGCGAUAUGCGGCCGCAUACUCCGAUGAGGGAGCAAGAGACCACCAUUACCCUGUCGACGUAUCCUAACGGCAUCGACGAGUCGUCGAAAACCAACGAAUUUUGAUAGAGCCAACCGUGCGCGAUCGAUUGGUCACCUCGUAGAGGAGAGACAACGUCGCGCGAGUGCGCGUGUAAAAUAAUUCUUACGUCACUUACUGACGCGUCGAUCAACUUUAUGUUUCUGACGAUUCGCGAUCUUCUUUUCUCUUACAAGCGAAUUCUUUGAAUUCACAACUUGAUCUAAUCGGGGCUACUUAAGGGUUAAUAUGCUGUUGUGAGGCCCCAAAAACGCUGUUUUUUUGUGAAUUUUUUUUGAAAAAACAUAUGGAUAUAUUUAUUUCAACUUCUUACACAUUAAAAUACAACUAUUGAAGAGUCUUCAGAAAUUUUUACAUGUAAAAAUAUGCUGUUUACAGUGAAAUAUAAUAAUAUUCCGGGUGCUCGAAAAGAAGUUCAUUUGCAGUGACCACGAUUUCUCGGAAACUAUUGCGCCGAUCUUCAUGAAAUUUUCAGAGUUUCUUAACAACAUAAAAAAUUGGAAUAUGUGAUAUAAUUGUAUACGAGCCGAAGUUUAAUUUAUAAAAUAUAUAUAUAAAAAAUUGGUCCUUGAUCAAAAGAUUUUUUUUAUGUUGAAUAUUUUCAGUUUUAUGGACAAAAACCGGUCGAUUUUUUUUCACAAAAGUCGAAGCCUUGACUUUAAACAUCCGCCAUUUUGUCAAAAAUUAAAUUUUUUUAAAAUAUUGUUAUAUUUUGCUAUA